UUUGCGGUAACAUUGUUGUGGAACGACGUCACAGCUGGAAAAUGAAGGCGGCGAGGCAGCCAUUACUGGAGGUUCUGUAAUUAUUUUAUUCCAAAUAAAUACUCGCGGAAAACUUCCAUGGCAAGAGCCACAAGUCAAUUAUAUGAUGUUGUGCCCAUUCAAUCCAGCGUUGUCAUCUGUUCCUGCCCACAUCCAUCAAUGGUAAGAAAUCAGCCUGACUCCUGCUCGCCACUUGCUAUCCCAGGCGCAAGUAGCAGUCACUGUCCAAGCAUGGAGGGAUCUGCCUCUGAAGCUCGGGCCUCGAGCAAGCCUGCCAGCCAGGGCUCUGAGCUCCGGACGCCGCAGCCCAUGCAGCCCCGUAAGAAGAGGCCCGAUGACUUCAAAUUCGGCAAGAUUCUGGGAGAAGGAUCCUUCUCUACCGUUGUCUUGGCAAGAGAACAGUCAACUUCAAAAGAAUAUGCAAUUAAGAUUUUGGAGAAACGGCAUAUUAUGAAGGAGAACAAGGCGCAGUACGUCAAAAGAGAACGGGAUGUAAUGUCCAUUCUAGAUCAUCCAUUCUUUGUGAAACUCUACUUUACGUUUCAGGACGAUGAAAAGUUGUAUUUUGGCCUCAGCUAUGCUAAGAAUGGGGAGCUUUUGAAAUACAUUCGCAAAAUCGGCUCCUUUGAUGAGACCUGUACUAGAUUCUACUCGGCUGAAAUAGUUAGCGCACUAGAAUAUUUGCAUGAUAAGGGGAUUAUACACAGAGACCUGAAACCUGAGAAUAUUUUACUGAGCGAAGAGAUGCACAUCCAGAUAACAGAUUUUGGAACGGCAAAGCAGCUGUCCUCGGAUAGCAACCAAGCAAGAGCAAACUCAUUUGUAGGAACGGCCCAGUAUGUGUCUCCUGAGCUGCUGACGGAGAAGUCAGCCUGCAAAAGCUCUGACCUUUGGGCCCUAGGAUGCAUAAUCUAUCAGCUGGUGGCUGGGUUACCACCGUUCAGAGCUGGAAACGAGUACCUAAUAUUCCAGAAGAUAAUAAAGCUGGAAUAUGAAUUCCCUGAGAAGUUCUUCCCCAAAGCCAAGGAUCUUGUCAAACAGCUUUUGUCGCUGGACCCCUCCAAGCGGAUUGGUUGUGAGGAGAGUGGAGGGUACGACCCCUUGAGGGGACACCCCUUCUUCGAGACCAUCUCCUGGGGGGACAUCCACGUGCAGACCCCCCCGAAGCUGACGCCCUACCUGCCGGCCAUGUCAGAGGAUGACGAGGACUGCUAUGGAAAUUACGAUGACCUCCUGAGCCAGUUCAGCAGCAUGCAGGUGGCCCCAUCCAGCUCCACCCACUCCCUCUCCACACCCGAGUCCAUUCCCCCACAGAGGUCCAGCAGCAACAUCGAGCAGUACAUCCACGACCUGGACAACAACUCCUUUGAGCUGGAUCUGCAGUUCUCAGAGGUGGAGAAGCAGCUGCUGCUGGAGAAACAAACCAGUGGAAACACCUGGCAUCAGUUUGUGGAGAAUAAUUUGAUCCUUAAAAUGGGUCCGGUGGAUAAGCGGAAGGGCCUGUUUGCUCGGCGGAGGCAGCUGCUGCUCACUGAGGGGCCACACCUGUACUACGUGGACCCUGUCAACAAGGUCCUGAAGGGGGAGAUCCCCUGGUCCCCAGAGCUGCGCCCCGAGGCCAAGAACUUCAAGACCUUCUUUGUUCACACGCCCAAUCGAACAUACUAUCUGAUGGACCCCAGUGGAAACGCUGACAAGUGGUGUAAGAAAAUCCAGGAAGUGUGGAGAAAGAUCUAUCACAAACACCAAAAUCCUGGCCUAUAGGAGAGCAGUUCCUCCUGUGACCACUCCUUCCUCCUAGCUCUGAGGCCAAUCACGGAGCAGAGUAACACCCUCUUUAGUGCCCUUCAUCACCGCAAUGUAAACAAACUCUUUUAGAGACGCUGGCAUCUAUGGCAUCUAGACCUUGUUUAUUUUCCUUCUCUGAAAUGAGCUGAACCAAUAGGAAAAAAAAGACACCAUGGGAUUCAGGGUUGCUUUGCUUGUUCUUUGUGCUCUCUGUGGGGCUUCUAUUGCAUUUUUUCCAUGUGUGGAUGAUGAGACUGCUACCAUGCACAUUGGCUUCUUGUACAUUCUGCAGGGGAAAGAGAGGACAGGCUUGUCUGUAGAAUUCCACCGGCAUAGGUACCAUUUAGGACCAUCUCUCAGUGCAAGGACUGGGCUCCUGCUUCAGCGACACCAUAACACAAUCCAGCAUCAAGCAUGAACCAGAGCCUAACCCUCAGUAUCAUACCUUAAACCAUAUCCUAAUACAAAAUUGUAUGCUUAAUGUUUCCUCAGACCCUAACGCCAUUUAUAUACUCCAUAGUUCCAAGCCGAACACAGCCCGGUUCGUUAUCUUACCUCAACUAGACACGAACCCAAAUAAAGUCUAUUUUUGUCAGAUUCCCAUGGUUCACAUAGUAUAUUUUAUUUUUGUUCUCUAGGCUCUUGGUUCUUGCUGAUAUAUUGCCCGUUUUGGGUCAUUUACUGUUUCAGAACCGAGUGCUGGCCCCUGUAAUGUCAGAGUUGAAUUGGUUGCUGCACAGUUCAGUUUGGGUUUUGGUUAGACAGUGAGAGAGGAAGUUAGUCAAUAAUAGACCUGUUUCAUAGGGGGUGGGUGAACAUGCCACUAGCUUGUACUCUUUUUGUUUUGUUUUAAUCAUAAGACUCGCUUAGAUUUUCUGCACAGCCAGUUGGUAGCUCAGGCUUGUCCGCUUCUCUUCCGGGGCACUGGAAAUUUAGUUUAUUAAAGUUAAGGUGGUUAUUUUGACUGCAUUGGCAACCAUGGCUGAUAUUAUUGAAUUAUUUGGCUGUUCUGUACCAUUCACUGGCUAUUUCUUUGUGGUUUGAAUACUUUUUUUUUGGUGGGAUUAUUGGUUCAUCUUCAGUUUGUUCUUUCGAAGAAAAGAAAAAAAGCGAAAUCGAAUGCUGACCACCCCACGUUGAACAGGAAAGAUUCAACACAGAGAUACAUGCAAACUAUCACUUCUUGGAAGCAAUCACAGUAAAGCUGUAUUCCCAAGGCGAGUUGGCAGUUUCCUGGUCGGCUUCUCAAGGCUCUUUUAGAGUUUCUCUAUGGUUUGUCUACAUGACACCUGGCCCACUAUAAAUUGUGCGAUGGAUUCGAUUUUUUUUUCUCCUUUUUUUAUUUUAUUAAAGAAAAAUAUAAUACUUUAAAUUCUGACAUUAUCUUGCGGUCCUCUCGAAGGACUCUUCCUCCAGCCGAGUCAGUGUGCAGUGUGUGACUGGAGCGAUUGGAUAGCAGCCUCUUGACCUCAGGCUUGGGCUGAAUGUAGAUGGAUGUCAGCAAAAGGGUAUCUUCUGUCUGAUCCAAAUAACAGAUUAAAUUGCUGUAUCCGCUCUAAAGUUGAGGAAACGCUACAGAUAAAGAGUUUCCUCCUCUCUUGCUAGAACAUUUUUAAAAUCAAGAUGGCGCGGCAGUCGGUUACAUUGUGUAUGUAAUACUCUACCUGGUUUGUAACCGACUAGAACUGUGAUGUACAGAUGAUGUAUUAUUGAAAUCUGAAGCAAGUAAUGCAAUGAUAUUAGGAUACAGUUUUUGUAUUUUUAUUCUUGUAUAAGGUUAUUUGAUGGCUAUUGUUUAGCCUCUAGUUCAUUCUGUGUUAUUUAAAUUCUAAUAUAUGAAUCAUAUUUGGAUUGAAGUCAUGUUCAGGGGCCAUGUUGUGUAUGUAUUGAGAUGUAAAGCCUUUGAAUGUGAAUAAUUAUUGUAAACUAUAAUAUUUUACAGCUUUUUUCUUACUAUAUCAUAUACAUUUUCUAUUUGCUCAGUGAUUUAAUCAUAUUUCUGAUAAUUUAAUGAAUCUGUUCAUUCUCUCUCUGAUUAUUUGUGCGCUAGGUCAGUAGUUGUUGAAUGAUGAAUUUUCCACGUAAUGCUUGGUAGUGCAGUAAUUAAAGCAUGUAGGGAUUUAGGCAUACAAUAA